GGCGCGGGGAGUGACGUCACAUCCGUCUGUUCGAAUGGCCAUGGCGGGAGCUGGCGGCGGGCGGCCCUCGGUGGGGGCGACCCCGAGGGUGACGCGACGCAGCUCCAAGCGCUUGGUGGUCUCGGCUCCCCGGGGUGGCCCUCCCUGGGCACCCCCGUCCUGCAGCCCCGACUUUGACCGACCCCGACGGAGCCCCCGGCUUCAGAGCCAGAAGGAGAACGACCCCUGUCCCCCCGGUGCCCCCCCUUCCCCCACCCCCCCUCCCGUGGCCUCCCGGGUCCGACGCUCCUACAGCCGCCUGGAGGGGGGGGGCACCCCUCGAGGGCUGGGGGGGCUCCCGCUGAGCCCCCUCCCCCUCAAUCUGCCCCCCACAGCCCCCCCCGAGCCCACUCAGAUCCCCCCCCUUGACCUCCCCGGCAUCGGUGCUGGCCCCGAGCGCAAGAGGAAGAAGAAGGUGGUGCCCAUUGAUCUCUCAGAGCUGGAGGCCUGGGCUGCCUCCAUGAACGCCCAGUUCGAGGAGGCCGAGAGGUUCCACCUGGUUGUGGAGUGACCCCAGGACUCCCAGGAGACCCCCGUGGAACAUCGCCCCAUGCUAGAGAGACGCUUGUGGGACUCUCAUGGGACCCUGGAGACCCCCGGGGUAGGACCCCCCUCCCCAUGCACAGCCCCCUGCCUUGUGAGACCCCGGGCAGGGGGCUCUGGUGGGACAGAACCCUGUGAGGGACACCCCCCCCCCAUGGUAGACAUGAUGUGUGAGACCCCCUCCAUGUGCCACCUCCAGGCCGUGGAAGCCCCCUCCCCAUUUGUUACUCAUUAAACAAGUUUACG